GCAGAUUCAGAGGGAACUCCCCACUAAAGUGCACAGCGCACUAUCAGUGAAUAACAGCACACACGGAAGCUCAGCAGUCAGAUGUAGAUUAAAACUAAAACAAGAUGAUUAAGUUCGUUAUCGUUGUUUUUACUCUAUUUUGCCGCGUAGCAUUUCCAGUGAAACACUCCUUGGUGUUUUCCCUCACUGCAUCUUCUGGAGUCCCAGACAUCCCAGAGUAUUUGGGUUCUGCACUGGUUGAUGAAGUUCAGGUGGGUUAUUUUGACAGCAACAUCAAGACGGCUGAACCCAAAGUGGAUUGGAUGAGAAAGUUGAUGAAGGAUGACCCACAACACCUGGAGUUCUACGUUAACAAAUGCAUCGAAAGCCAGCACUUCCUCAAAGCCACCAUUGACAGCUUGAUGAAACGCUUAAACCAAACCGAAGGUGUCCACAUCCUACAGCAAAUGAGCGGCUGUGAAUGGGAUGAUGAAACUGGGGAAUCCAGGGGUUUUCAUCAAUGUGGAUAUGAUGGUGAAGACUUCUUAGUGCUGGACCCGCAGACGCUGACAUGGAUCGCUUCAAAACCAGAGGCGUUAAUCACCAAACUGAGAUGGGACGCAGACAAAGCUAGACUACAUCGCGAUAAAUAUUACUACAUGCACGUUUACCCUGUCUGGCUGAAGAAGUAUGUGCACUACGCGAGGAGUUUUGUGGAGAGAACAGAUCUUCUCUCAGUGUCUCUCCUCCAGAAGACUCCCUCCUCUCCGGUCACCUGCCACGCUACAGGUUUCUACCUCAACAGAGCCGACUUGUUCUGGAGGAAAGAUGGAGAGGAGCUUCAUGAGGACGUGGACAAAGGAGAGAUCCUCCCCAACCAUGAUGAAACCUUCCAGAUGAGUGUUGACCUGAACAUCUCAUCAAUCACUCCUGAAGACUGGAAGAAGUACGACUGUGUGUUUCAGCUGUCUGGUGUCAAAGACGUCAUCAUCACCAAACUGGACAAAUCAGUGAUCAGGACUAACUGGGGUUCUCCAUCAGGGUUUCCUGCUGGUGCUGUCAUUGGAGUAGUUGUAGGUCUGCUGCUGCUGCUGUGGCUCUGCAUCACUGGACUCUUCAUCUGGAGAAAGAAGACUAACGGGUUCAAACCUGCUAACACCUCAGAUUCUGCAGACAGUAACUCCGAUUCCAGCCAAUUACCACUCUCAGGGAAGACGGGAGGAGAGUAAACUCCAGUGAAGUUGGGAUUCUGUCAAAACCGUUAAUUGAUUCUGUUUUGAAGUUAUUAAGCCUCUUCAACUAAUCCAAGUUUGAAACUCUUGUCUCUCCAGUUAAAAUUUGUGUCCAGUAUUGUGCACAAAAUAUGGACACUUUACAUGUUUAGUUUUUUAUCCAACAUGCAAAGCCAGCAGAGAGGCGCCUGAUUGGUUCCAAGUUCUCCAGCAGAACAAGGAAUAAAGAACAAUCUUCAAUAAACAAGUGUCUUGAGCAAGAACCAGCAAGAAGAACAAGGAACCUGUAUCAUAUGAUGGAGCCUCUACAGAGUCACAAUUACCAGAGACUGAAACAUGAGGACAGAAAUAAGAACAGAGCUGCAACUUUCUCCGUUUCUGCAACUUAUAAAUCUGUAUUAUUGAUAAGCUGCUGAUUAUUAGUGAGUUAAAACAGUUAAUCCACAAACAGCUUUUCUUGCUCAAAUAUCUGAUCUCAACAACUAACUCUAAAUGUUAAUAUCUCAUAGUUUUACUCACAAUGUAACUGUGGAACAGAAACAACAUAUAGCUGUCACUUUAUGGUCACACAACAUAGAGAAACACUAUAUUCACAGGUACAAGAAAAUAUACAACUCUAAAAUCAAUUUUUGGUUAAAAAAUUUUGUUUAUUUAUAAAAUUUAUUUGAUGAAGACCAAAGCAUAGGGGUGUCCAAACUUUUUUGUCAAAGAGGACCAGAUUUGAUCAUGUGAAAAUGAGGACCAAUCAUCCUGCCUGACAUUCAUUGAACCAUUAAAGUUGAAUGCCAAUG